AAUAACUUCGGUGGAAAUCUUUACACCAACUGCAUGUUUGUCUUGUGUUCCUUUGAACUCUUUUGUUAGACCAUACGGUAUCAGCAACACUUCUGAACUGGAAGCUGUUAACUUCCAGACUUUAGGACCAUUGCUAUUGCCACUCUCAGGCUACAAACAACUUGUUUGAUGGAUUGGCUUUACAAUUAGCAUACCAUUCACUAAAACUUAGCAUGUUGUUCUUUGUGUUGAUUUUUGUGUUGCCUUGAAUAUAUCCAGUAGUGGUCAAGUAUAACAUGGACAAUUUGUAGUAUACCUACAGAGAAUGAUGGAAGUUUUUAUUUUAGAUCUAGCAACAUAAACAUUAUUUACUGAUCAACUGGAAUGAAGGAGCAUUUAUGUACUUUUACUUUUUUAAAUGUACUUUUUUAACUUUUACAAUGGCAAUUAUUGCCGUUUAAGACGAGGGAGGAUGAUCUUUCUUUCAUGAACAUGGCAUUAUUUCUAUUACAGUAUAUUGGAUGACUGUCAUUCAUAUUCCAUUCACCCAGUUCAAUGUAACAGCAAUAGGUUUAGUCUACUACAUGAUACUCAAAUUUUCCCUAUAUCCACCAUGAGGUUGCUACAACCUAGAAUAUGAAUGACAUUUUACAAUGUAGGUGCAUCUAGCUUAUAUAGGAUGUAAUCAAUAGUCCAACAGUUGCAAAAUAGUUUCUAUUGGACAAAUUCAUGUUUAUCCCCGUUUUGUUUCCGUUUGCUUUCAUUUAAGAAAUGUUUUUCAACAGAAUAGGCAGAAUGAAUACACCCCUGAUCCUGCGUUAACACAGCACUUUGUAUUCAUUCUCGCAUCUAUGCGCUCUCCUCCUCUCUCCUUUCCCUUCUGUUAGAGGCUGCGUCUUUCGAAUCCGGUAUCAGGAAGAAUAAGUCAGAAUCUGUCGUUAAUUAUCUUCAAUUAAAUUCAAGCAAUAAAUGGCAAAUGCAAUUUUUCAUAUAUAAACAGCUGUUCUUAUACUGUGGUAGACAUACAGUGGGGAGAACAAGUAUUUGAUACACUGCAGAUUUUGCAGGUUUCCCUACUUACAAAGCAUGUAGAGGUCUGUAAUUGUUCUCAUAGGUACACUUCAACUGUGAGAGACGGAAUCUAAAACAAAAAUCCAGAAAAUCACAUUGUAUGAUUUUUUAAAGUAAUUAAUUAGCAUUUUAUUGCAUGACAUAAGUAUUUGAUACAUCAGACAAGCAUAACUUAAUAUUUGGUACAGAAACAUUUCUUUGCAAUUACAGAGAUCAUACUUUUCCUGUAGUUCUUGACCAGGUUUGCACACACUGCAGCAAGGAUUUUGGCCCCUCCUACAUACAGAAUCUUCAGGUUUCGGCGCUGUCGCUGGGCAAUACGGACUUGCAGCUCCCUCCAAAUAUUUUCUAUUGGGUUCAGGUCUGGAGACUGGCUAGGUCACUCCAGGACCUUGAGAGGGUUCUUACGGAGCCACUCCUUAGUUGCCCUGGCUGUGUGUUUCGGGUCGUUGUCAUACUGGAAGACCCAGCCACGACCCAUCUUCAAUGCUCAUACUGAAGGAACGAGGUUGUUGGCCAAGAUCUCGCGAUAUAUGGCCCCAUCCAUCCUUCCCUCAAUACGGUGCAGUCGUCCUGUCCCCUUUGCAGAAAAGCAUCCCCAAAGAAUGAUGUUUCCACCUCCAUGCUUCACGGUUGGGAUGGUGUUCUUGAGUUUGUACUCAUCCUUAUUCUUCCUCCAAACACGGCGAGUGGAGUUUAGACCAAAAAGCUCUAUUUUUGUCUCAUCAGACCACAUGACCUUCUCCCAUUCAUCCUCUGGAUCAUCCAGAUGGUCAUUGGCAAACUUCAGACAGGCCUGGACAUGCGCUGGCUUGAGCAGGGGGACCUUGCGUGUGCUGCAGGAUUUUAAUCCAUGACGGCGUAUUGUGUUACUAAUGGUUUCUUUGAGACUGUGGUCCCAGCUCUCUUCAGGUCAUUGACCAGGUCCUGUCGUGUAGUUCUAUGCUGAUCUCUCACCUUCCUCAUGAUCAUUGCUGCCCCACGAGGUGAGAUCUUGCAUGGAGCCCCAGACCGAGCGGAAUUGACCGACAUUUUGAACUUCAUCCAUUUUCUAAUAAUUGCGCCAACAGUUGUUGCCUUCUCACCAAGCUGCUUGUCUAUUGCCCUGUAGCCCAUCCCAGCCCUGUGCAGGUCUACAAUUUUAUCCCUGAUGUCCUUACACAGUGGUCUGGUCUUGGCCAUUGUGGAGAGGUUGGAGUCUGUUUGAUAAACUGUGUGGACAGGUGUCUUUUAUACAGGUAACGAGUUCAAACAGGUGCAGUUAAUAAAGGUAAUGAGUGGAGAACAGGGGGGCUUCUUAAACCUUUAAGUCUUUACUGAAGACUCAUCUCUUCAGUGGGUCAUAUGAUUGAGUGUAGUCUGGCCCAGGAGUGUGAAGGUGAACGGAAAGGCACUGGAGCAACGAACCGCCCUUGCUGUCUCUGCCUGGCCGGUUCCCCUCUUUCCACUGGGAUUCUCUGCCUCUAACCCUAUUACAGGGGCUGAGUCACUGGCUUACUAGGGCUCUUUCAUACCGUCCCUAGGAGGGGUGCGUCAUUUGAGUGAGUUGAGUCACUGUGAUCUUCCUGUCUGGGUUGGCGCCCCCCCCCUUGGGUUGUGCCGUGGCGGAGAUCUUUGUGGGCUAUACUCGGCCUUGUCUCAGGAUGGUAAGUUGGUGGUUGAAGAUAUCCCUCUGGUGGUGUGGGGGCUGUGCUUUGGCAAAGUGGGUGGGGUUAUAUCCUUCCUGUUUGGCCCUGUCCGGGGGUGUCAUCGGAUAGGGCCACAGUGUCUCCUGACCCCUCCUGUCUCAGCCUCCAGUAUUUAUGCUGCAGUAGUUUGUUUGGGGGGCUAGGGUCAGUUUGUUAUAUCUGGAGUACUUCUCCUGUCCUAUCCGGUGUCCUGUGUGAAUUUAAGUAUGCUCUCUCUAAUUCUCUCUUUCUCUCUUUCUUUCUCUCUCUCGGAGGACCUGAGCCCUAGGACCAUGCCUCAGGACUACCGGGCAUGAUGACUCCUUGCUGUCCACCUGGCCAUGCUGCUGCUCCAGUUUCAACUGGUUUGCCUGGUAAAAAACAACUGAAAUCAUGGUUCCCCCAAUCAACUCAUCUGACUAUGAUGACUACAAUGAUUCAGUGGUGAUACCAUCUCAGUCCCCAGUCAUCUAUGAGAUGUAUCAGAUGAGGACUGGCUUGAGAUUAAUGUAUGUGUCGGUCUACGCAGCCAACCUUCUACUGGGUCUACUGCUCAACGCUGCCGUCAUCUUCAUGAUUGUCUGGAAAUACAGGUCCAAGAAGAAACUGAGUCGACGGAUGUUGAUCAUUGGCUUGGCUGCCACUCACCUCAUCUUCUGCCUCUUCACUCCACUUUACUUGAUCACAGCCUGGAACUACUUCUCCUGGACAUUUGGGAAGGUUGUCUGCAAGUUGGGGUCCUUCGUGAUGUUUAUGAACAUGUUCUCUGCCUCAGUGAUGAUCACUUUCUGGAAUGUGCGCUGGUGUGUCCCCAGAUGUUUUGAACAUCACAUGUCCAGCAGCAUGGUUCUACUGUCCUGGUUCACUGGGGCAAUACUAAGCACCCCCUCUUUACUGUCCAGGGAGGUUCAGUAUACUGCCAAUGGACACCUCUGCCUUGACAACUAUGAUUAUACUGAACAACGCCAGAUCUCUAAAGAGGGUAAGGAGAGAAUGAUGGCUGUGGUGAGCUGUCGCUUAAUUUUCGGGCUGCUGCUCCCUUUGGGUGUGACGUGUGUCAGCCGUUGCUGCAUUAACAGCAGGGUAAAUAACCAAGAGAAGUCAUUGGUUAUUCGACCUGUGACUAUUGCUCAUUUCCUAUGCUGGGCUCCUGUCCUCUGUCUAUCUAUGCCGCAAAUCGCAAUGGGCAUAGACAACAAAUGGUUCAGAUACGUAUUGCCCUUAGCCACUGCCCUGUCAGUCUUAAACAGCUGCAUCUAUCCUAUCAUCUGCAUCUGGCAAGGAAAUAAAGAACUUAAGCAUAACUUUCGCUCACAGCCUGAGACAGAGGACGAAGGAGAGGAGGGCCAUGAGAUGACUUGCCUGGAUAGGGAGGACAAUGUCCUUGAACAGUAAUGGGAAUACAACAUACUUUUCCAGCUUGAAAUGUACUUGUAAAUGUCAUAUACAAUAUUUUGGUCUAUAAUUUUUAUGAAUUGUAUACUCACAGUAUGCACAGUAUAAUUACACAUUUAAUUUUUUUAUUUUUUUAUUUCACCUUUAUUUAACCAGGUCGGCUAGUUGAGAACAAGUUCUCAUUUGCAACUGCGACCUGGCCAAGAUAAAGCAUAGCAGUGUGAACAGACAACACAGAGUUACACAUGGAGUAAACAAUUAACAAGUCAAUAACACAGUAGAAAAAAAAGGCGAGUCUAUAUACAAUGUGUGCAAAGGGCACGAGGAGGUAGGUGAAUAAUUACAAUUUUGCAGAUUAACACUGGAGUGAUAAAUGAUCAGAUGAUCAUGUACAGGUUUGUAUUGGUGUGCAAAAGAGCAGAAAAGUAAAUAAAUAAACUGUGGGGAUGAGGUAGGUGAAAAUGGGUGGGCUAUUUACCAAUAGACUAUGUACAGCUGCAGCGAUCGGUUAGCUGCUCAGAUAGCUGAUGUUUGAAGUUGGUGAGGGAGAUAAAAGUCUCCAACUUCAGCGAUUUUUGCAAUUCGUUCCAGUCACAGGCAGCAGAGUACUGGAACGAAAGGCGGCCGAAUGAGGUGUUGGCUUUAGGGAUGAUCAGCGAGAUACACCUGCUGGAGCGCGUGCUACGGAUGGGUGUUGCCAUCGCGACCAGUGAACUGAGAUAAGGCGGAGCUUUACCUAGCAUGGCCUUGUAGAUGACCUGGAGCCAGUGGGUCUGGCGACGAAUAUGUAGCGAGGGCCAGCCGACUAGAGCAUACAAGUCUGAAAUGUGGCAAAAGUUCGCAAAGUUCAAGGGGGCCGAAUACUUUCGCAAGGCACAUCCAGGGUGGUGAUGCUAGUCGGGCAUGCGGGUGCAGGCAGCGAUCGGUUGAAAAGCAUGCAUUUGGUUUUACUAGCGUUUAAGAGCAGUUGGAGGCCACGGAAGGCGUGUUGUAUGGCAUUGAAGCUCGUUUGGAGGUUAGAUAGCACAGUGUCCACAGUGACGGGCCGAAAGUAUAUAGAAUGGUGUCGUCUGCGUAGAGGUGGAUCAGGGAAUCGCCCGCAGCAAGAGCAACAUCAUUGAUAUAUACAGAGAAAAGAGUCGGCCCGAGAAUUGAACCCUGUGGAACCCCCAUAGAGACUGCCAGAGGACCGGACAGCAUGCCCUCCGAUUUGACACACUGAACUCUGUCUGCAAAGUAAUUGGUGAACCAGGCAAGGCAGUCAUCCGAAAAACCGAAGCUACUGAGUCUAAGAAUAUGGUGAUUGACAGAGUCGAUAGCCUUGGCAAGGUCGAUAAAGACGGCUGCACAGUACUGUCUUUUAUCGAUGGCGGUUAUGAUAUCGUUUAGUACCUUGAGUGUGGCUGAGGUGCACCCGUGACCGGCUCGGAAACCAGAUUGCACAGCGGAGAAGGUAUGGUGGGAUUCGAGAUGGUCAGUGACCUGUUUGUUGACUUGGCUUUCGAAGACCUUAGAUAGGCAGGGCAGAAUGGAUAUAGGUCUGUAACAGUUUGGGUCCAGGGUGUCUCCCCCUUUGAAGAGAGGGAUGACUGCGGCAGCUUUCCAAUCCUUGGGGAUCUCAGACGAUAUGAAAGAGAGGUUGAACAGGCUGGUAAAUAGGGGUUGCGACAAUGGCGGCGGAUAGUUUCAGAAAUAGAGGGUCCAGAUUGUCAAGCCCAGCUGUCAAGCCCAGCUGAUUUAUACAUUGUUCUAAAUCACUCUUGAUCAAUGUAACAAAUGUCUUCUUUUUUUAACCUGUAUUUCUUUUCUUUUCAAAUGCUUAUUAAAUAAAGAUUUGAUUAAAUAUAUAA